UCGCCUGUCACUACCCAACAACAGUAUCAUUUGUAAACACGUGUGUUCUCAUCGCAAGACGUGAAGUCGAAUUUUUCGUUUGGAUAUUCCGUAAAAGUUUAGAAAAAAAACAGAAACAAACAUGUAUUUGAUGUACACUUUGAACGAAAAUGGGGAGCGUGUCUACACAUUGAAGAAACAAACCGACGACGGUACACCAACCAUAUCGGCGCAUCCAGCUCGAUUUUCACCGGAAGACAAAUACUCCCGUCAACGGAUCACGAUCAAGAAACGAUUUGGCUUGCUGUUGACACAGAAACCAAAACCAGUCUUCUAAUCCAGUUCCAUCUGUUUUACUAAUUUUAAGUUUACCUCGCCGCAACACUCUACUAAAUAAUGGAAUAACUUUGUAUUAAUAAAAAAAAAUGGAUUUCAUGAAGUAAAGUGAA